UUCAUUUCGUUCCAUUCAUUCGUUUACAAAUGUCAGUAUAGGCUAGGCGAUUUUGCAAUAUUGUGAAGAAAAACGUUGUUUACGACUGAAAAUAACAAAUGUAACCAUUAAAAUGUUAUCAGUUGUGUACGGAGUUAGGGCGUGUGCGCGCCAAAAUACUGUGGCACCGAAAUAACGCCGUUUGAAAGUGAAAAGGGCGUUUUACCUCCUCCUUUGAGGGAAAUCUUAUUCGCCCAAAUUCUCUUUCGGGAUCAUGUUAAAGUUUAAAAAGAUGGGAUCGGAUAAAGUGCCGCUUUUGCUGGUGACCGCCAACGUGGGAUCUAUCUUCGAGGACCCAUCCGUGAUGCUCCCAAUAUGGACCUCCGAGUUCCUCCAAGCUGUGUCCCGCAUGGACCCGAAGUUCAUAGCCCUCCACCUCCAGGAGGUCGGUGGCAAGGCCUACGAGAAGUCCAUGCAGUACGUCAAGGACUUCGUGCAGAGGCUGUGCGACUGUCCGGAGUUGCGGCUGUAUGACAAGAUCAGGAUAUUCCUUGAUGAGGAUUUUAGCGCCCCGGAGAAAUUUACGGCACUCGGUAACAUGUACUUCGCGCACUCGUCUCUCACCGACCUGAAGAUCUGGGACUUCGAACAGAAAGCCUACGUGGAGGCGACUGGCAAAGAGGUUCACAGCGGUAACAUCGAGAAGGUCACCACUAAGGAGAAGACCAAGUUCCCGCAGCAUUUUUUUCCUGAGUGUAAGUGGUCCCGUAAAGGCUUUCUUCGCACACGGUGGUUGAUUCGCGGCACUGCAGUGGAGUUCGUGAACAUACAUCUUUUCCACGACGCUUCAAAUCUGCUUGCACUGCAGCCCUUUCCAUCGGUAUACUGCCGCAGCCGCCGCCGCGCGCUCCGCCACACGCUGGGCCACAUCCACUCCGACGUCAACGCGGCGCCAUAUUUCAUAUUCGGCGACUUCAACUUUCGCACCGACACCGGUGGCGUCGUCAAGAAAGUGACAGAAGAGCUUACGGCGAGCAGACUUCAGAAUGGCAACGCCACCGAGUCUUCGAAACUCCAGUAUCGAGGGCCAGAUGGCAGAAUAGUCCUCACAGUAGGCAAGAAGGAGUUUGCUCAUCAGGACCAUCAGAAGAUCUUUCGAGAGCCCUGGUUGCAACGUUUCGAUCGCGAGCUAGAAGCACUGCGGCCGCACUUGUAUGAGUUUCCCGUCAAAUUCCCACCGACCUAUCCUUUUGAAGAGGACGUACAGUUGCCGACGCAUUACAUGAAGACUAGAUGUCCGUCAUGGUGUGACCGUAUACUGCUGUCGCAGUCGGCGCGGCUGCUCGUGCAGCACGACCCGGCCCGACCGGACACCCGACAUCUCCACACGUCGAGGAAGUCGGUAGCGGACUCUACGGACAGCAGCGGCCGCGUGUCGUCGUCCGACUCGUCGCCGGCGCGCUCCGGCUCGCCGGCGCCGGCACGGACCCACCAGUCAAGCCCCGGCAAGACGUUGGAAAAGAAAUCAUCAGUGGCCGAUCUGGACGCUUUGUCUGUGCCCGGUAUCGGCGUCGCCAGGAAGAGUAUUGCCGACCCCACUAGCGUGCAGCACGCUAUUAACUCCAGGGUAUCAGACGGGGAAGGUUCCCCGGCGCGUCGCAAGCUCGUCCGGAACCAGAGCGAGGGCUCGCCCAAGCCCAGCGACGUGUCCAGCGAGCUGCGGCGCCUCGUCGACCAGCCGGCGCGGCGCCGGACCGAGUACGGGGCCAUCGGGGACACCGCUUGCAUGGGAGACCAUAAGCCGAUCUACCUGCGCGUGAUGCUGCAAAGUGACCGAGGUACCUUAGCGUGCUGCGACCCCAAGUUUCCCUGUCCACUUUGCCCCCGUUUCCCCUCAACCCUCUCCUUACUACGACCCCGUCUCACCAGGCUAGCUACAGAUCCAGAUUUGUACUAUAGUAAAAAAAAAAUAGACACGACUACCACUAACUUAGAAGAUAUACCUGACGACUUGAAACGAACUAGAACUGGCUCCUUAGAAAUCCUAAGGAUACCUGAUGUCGAAAUCACAAGUGCUGACUACAGCUCUUAUGAUGGCAUUUUCGUAAACGAUGUCGAUAAUACUUUACUGACCGUAAGACAAUGCAUAGACCCAUAUACUCCAGAAAGUAUAGAUUCGCAUACACCUAAUAUAGAAGCGGCAUCUUCAGGGUCUGAAGACAUGUCUAACGAAAUCUCUGACGUUUUAGGUGAUGUCAAAAUCGAUAUACCUUACGAUAUACCUUAUAAUAAACUAACUAGAGAUAGAAGUGUAUCUCCAACGCAGCUAAAAAGUCGUCUAGAUAGACUUUUAAAUGAUGGGAAGUUAGCCAAAGUACCAGAGCUCCAGAGGCUUAAUAGUAGGGAUUCGUGCAAGUCGGUUGACAGUAAGAAAGGAGGGUUGUGUUGUUUAGCGUUGAAAUGUUACGGGUUUUGUAGGAAACGGGCGCGCAAAGUUGACUGUAAAUGUAGUGGAUUGUGUUGCACUUCCUAGCUUUUAUGCAGCACAGACAACUAAAAUACAUAAUUGAAUCUAAAGGCCGGAAAAUACCGGCUGCACGUGCGCUUAAAUGUUGGAACCGUUCACGCACACGUCACCACCCAAGCGGUGUGCCGUCUCUCAUAAGGUUCCGUAUAUUACAACGCACGCAUUCGGUGUGCACAGGCCUGCGAGUUGCAUACGUAGGUUAUACUGAAAUCGCGAAAAAGGAACCAUUUCGUGCGUUUUUUUUCUACAAAAUUUAGUGUAUCGCCAGCUUUCUUUCAAUGUUCCAGUAAUGGUCCCAUAGUGAAAGUUGUGCUGCACAGAAUCUACUCGUAGAUAUUCAUCUGCACAAUAUGGCCAAAAGUAAAAUUUAGUAGUACUAGGCGCUUAAUGGCAUCGUGAUGACUGACUAUAGAAUUCAUUUUUGAUUGUAGUUACAGUAGUUACCUAAAAUUUACAGAAUUAUUAAGUAGUAAUAGUUUCUACUAUAGGUUGCAAAUAAUCACUAUAGAAGGUACUUUUAGUUGUCUGUGCUUUUAAAUAUUUAAUUGUUAAGCAAUAUUAUAUUUUAAAGCUUCAGUAAGAAUGUAACAAUUGUACGACUGCUUUGAAAAUAGAGCUGUAUUUGUAGUUUGCUUGACAAUGUCUAUCUUGUCAUGGCAUUAAUUUGAAUACAUUUUCGUUAAUGUCUGCUAAGAUUGUCAUCUAAUCUAACUGUUAAAGUUACCUUUUUUGAACUGACCCUUAUUUCAUCAACUUGACAAUUGUCAUUGUCACAAAUAAUUGACAAUGACAAUCAUUGUAUACACCUAUGUCAAUGUCAGAUGACAAAUCUAUAGUUGGCAAAACAAGGGUCUCAUUUGUGCUUGUUUCUGACAAGAACUAAUCAAAUUGAAUGAUCGUUUUGGUGUUGACUGCACUUAACAGUGUUUUAAAUAUUUUUUCUUUCGACUUUUUAAUACAGUAAGUUGUUUGCUUGCAAUUGACCAAUAAUAAUGAAUUGUUCGAUUUAUUUUCUACUUAUCUUUAAAAAAAUAUCCAAAUCAAAAAUAUUUAAUUUUGAACUUUUGAGGAAAACUUGGUUCAUAUCAUUGAUGGGAUGAUUUUUUUAGUACUUUUAAAUAUAUGACGAUAUUUUUGAUUAAAUGGACACUACAUUAUACUUUCACUCCUAAUCGGAGAUAUGUCUAAUAGUCAUACUUAAUCAUGAAAAUUAGAUUUUAUAUAAUUACCCUUAAAAAGUCUCCAAAUCACAAAAUGUGUUGAGAAUAUGAACUGUUAUAAUAAAGUAGGUUAAGGAUGCCGUAUACAGAUAUUUGGUUAAGUCCUUCUAUAAAUGUUAUAUUUUAAGCAUCAACCGUAUACGGUUGUUAUGACCAAAUAAAUGGUAUUUCUACCAUUACAUUGACAUUUAAAAACGUUUUAUAAUAGCUAUUGAAUUAUUAGUUUAUAUGGCCUUUUAUGAACGUUAUCUUUUUUAUUAUUUAAGAGAUGGCUAAUGGUAAACAAAUAUUUAAAAUAUACAUGUGUGGUUUAAACCGCAUGCACUGCAUGUAGUAAAUAUUUAAUAUUUUAAUUUGUAUAGUCAUGUAUUCAGUUUCCAAAUAUCUGAGAGUAGAAAAUUGGUAGUUAAAGAAUUAGUUUGCCGUCAAAACUGCAAAUAUUAGUCUUUAUUGCAUUAUAAUAGCUCAUAAUACCUAUUUUACUUGACAAUUGUCAUCUGACAAUCACAGUUCGUCGUACAGUCAACUAACGACAGUAGUUAAGACUGGCGAACUUCUAUUUUCACGGCUCGAUUUUUUCUUUGUAAUAACAAACCUUACUCUCUGAUAUUAUUUAUAAGAUCUUGUAUAACGAGGUGGUUAAAUAGGUUUCAAUGCAGUUAACUAGUCGGGCACAGUUGACACUAACUGUUGUAAACAUUUGAUGCAAUUUAAAAUAAGAUUUUAACAUCAGCUGUGCUAUUAAUUUUAAAUUAAAUUUUAAUUAAAAUACCAAAUGGUUUUAAGUCUAGUCGAACUGCUCAAGCGGACUUAAGGGCUUAUUUAUGAACAUGCGAAAAUACCUCGGAAUUUAAAUAAUUAAACGGCAAUUUUUGUUUUGUAAAGACGAGUUUAAAGUAAAAAUGUGAACUUCCAUAAAAACUAGCGAUCCAAAAAAGAACCGUAGGUAGUGUUACUUUAGAAAAAUAUUUAACACAUAAGUAUGGAGCUUUCACCCACAUCUUAAUGUUAUAAUGCAAGUGAAAUAUGACGUAAUAAUUGAUAUAGGUGCACUACUAUAUAUAUGAUUAUGAUGAUUAUAAUAAGAUACGGGGUCUGAAUGUAAGCACUGUUGCUAUUUAGUCGUUUUUGGUUUUAUUCAACUUAUUGCUAGAUAGGUAUAUUAAAACUUAAUUGUAUGUCAGGCAUAUAUCACUUAAAGGUUUUUUGCAAUAAUCCCAAUGCAAAGUAGUUUGUAGUGACAGAUGACGAACAACAAAUUUUUAUAUUGCGUCUUUCAAGAAAUAUUUCAUUAAAAUGACAAUUUAAAAAUCAAUUCCAACUUCCAAUAUCAAUUUAUUUAUUGACCUGUUUGUAAUAGGCUUUUCCAUUUUUUUAUAAUGAAACUUACAACUUCCAUUUCUUCCAUUUUUUCUUGAUUCUUUAAGGCAUUAUAAAUGUAUUCGUAAUAUUCGUAUACCUAGUUAAGUAAGAAUUUUUCUGUUACCUAUUUCUUGGAAAGUGCAAUCUGUGUGUGCUUUUAAUUUAAUAAAAUAUUAGUCAGUAAUUUUAAAAUACCUAUCGUACACAAAUAUACAAUAUUCUGCAAUCUGCAUGUUUAUCAGGUAUGUAAAAUGCACUGGAAAAUGUACCUUAUAAGCUAAGACACUCGGUGCUAAUUCUACUGUAGUUUUAAUAAACAUUCCGCACUGAA